AUGACUGAUUUGUCAGCCGAAAGGCAAAUGCAAAUGUUUGAAAUUGAAAUGAUGCAGAAAGUUUUUUCGAGCAUGACGAAAGCAUGCUUGAAGAAGUGCAUUCCUCCUCGCUAUCAUGAUGGCGAUUUAUCAAAAGGUGAAGCUGUUUGCCUGGAUCGCUGCGCUGCUAAGUUCAUGGAGGCCUACAUGCAAACAACGAAGACUCUUGGAGCUAUCGCUAAUCCGGGGUUGCCAUCUCAGUGA